AUGAGCGUGGACAAGGCCGAGCUAUGCGGGUCUCUGCUCACCUGGUUGCAGACGUUCCAUGUCCCGUCCCCCUGUACCAGCCCCCAGGACCUGAGCAGUGGCCUCGCCAUAGCCUACGUGCUGAACCAGAUAGAUCCUUCCUGGUUCAACGAGACGUGGCUCCAGGGCAUCUCAGAGGACCCGGGUCCCAACUGGAGGCUGAAGGUUAGCAAUCUGAAGACAAUCUUACAGAGCCUAUUGGAGUACUCCCAGGAUGUCCUGGGGCAUCCUGUUUUGGAGCAGCACCUUCCAGACGUGAGCCUCAUUGGCGAGUUCUCUGACCCAGAAGAGCUUGGCAAGCUGCUUCAGCUGGUGCUUGGCUGUGCCAUCAGCUGCGAGAAAAAGCAGGAGCACAUCCAGAGAAUCAUGACGCUGGAGGAGUCAGUUCAGCAUGUGGUGAUGGAAGCCAUCCAGGAGCUGAUGACCAAAGACACCCCCGACUCCCUGUCACCAGAAACAUAUGGGAAUUUUGAUAACCAGUCCUCUGAGCGUGCCGGGCAGCUGGAGGCCACGCUGAGCAGCUGCCGGCGCCGCCUGGGUGAGCUGCGGGAGCUGAGGCGGCAGGUGCGGCAGCUGGAGGAGCGUAACGCGGGCCAUGCCGAGCGCACGCGGCAGCUGGAGGACGAGCUACGCCGGGCCGGCUCACUGCGUGCCCAGCUCGAGGCACAGCGACGACAGGUUCAGGAACUUCAGGGCCAGCGACAGGAGGAGGCCAUGAAGGCCGAGAAGUGGCUAUUCGAGUGUCGAAACCUGGAGGAAAAGUAUGAGUUGGUGACAAAGGAGAAGGAGCGGCUGCUGGCAGAGCGGGACUCCCUGCGGGAGGCCAAUGAGGAGCUGCGCUGCGCCCAGCUGCAGCCUCGGGGGCUGACCCAGGCCGACCCUUCGCUGGAUCCCACCUCACCAGCUGUGGAAAACUUGGCAGCAGAGAUCCUACCUGCGGAGCUGAGCCCUGCUCACUCCCCGGUCGGCAGGGAGACGCUCCUGCGGCUUCAGCUGGAGAACAAGCAGCUGUGCCAGCAGGAGGCGGCCUACCGGGAGCGGCAGGAGGAGCUGCAGCGCCACCUGGAGGAGGCCAACCGCGCGCGCCACGGGCUGGAGACGCAGCUGCGGCAGAAGCUGCAUGAGGCAGAUCUGGAGCUGCAGCGGAAGCGAGAGUAUAUUGAGGAGCUGGAGCCCCCCGCUGACAGCAGCACAGCCCGGCGUAUCGAGGAGCUGCAGCACAGCCUGCAGAAGAAGGACGCGGACCUGCGGGCCAUGGAGGCGCGGUACCGCCGCUACGUGGACAAGGCACGCACGGUCAUACAGACCCUGGAACCCAAACAGCGGCCACCCGGAGGUGCACCCCCAGAACUUCACACCCUGAGGACGCAGCUCCGGGAGCGGGACGUCCGCAUCCGACACCUGGAGAUGGACUUUGAGAAGAGUCGAAGCCAGCGGGAGCAGGAAGAAAAGCUGCUCAUCAGUGCCUGGUACAAUAUGGGCAUGGCUCUGCAGCAGCGAGCUGGGGAGGAGCGGGCACCUGCCCAUGCCCAGUCAUUUCUGGCACAGCAGCGGCUGGCCACCAACACUCGCCGUGGCCCGCUGGGACGUCUAGCAUCCCUGAACAUGCGUUCCACUGACAAACACUGA